GGUAAAAGUUCAAUAAUUCUUCGCUUUCUCGAUCGUAAUGACAUACCAAAACCAACAAUCGCUUUAGAAUAUACUUAUGGACGUCGUACAACAGCAACAGUAAAAGAUAUCGGAAAUAUUUGGGAAAUCGGCGGUGGUUCUUCACUUAUAAAUCUUAUCGAAAUACCUAUAACUUCGAGUACUAUUGGCGUUACAUCGAUUGUAAUAAUAAUCGACUUAACGAAGCCUGAGGAUAUAUGGAAAAUAUAUAAAAAUAUAUUGUUGUAUAUUAAGGAUUAUGUGCAUAGUUUACUUGAAACUAUUAAAAAAGAUCUUCCAGAAAAAUAUAAUCAAUUAAUAUCAAUUAAUAAAAAUAAAUUCAAGAAUCAUCAAGAUGUGAAUGCAGUAAAUCCAUUUCCGAUCCCCCUUGCGAUAAUUGCUACAAAAUAUGACGAAUUUCAGAAGAUGGAUCCAGAAAUUCGCAAAAAUGUUUGUAAAUUCCUUCGAUUUCUUGCUCAUAUGAAUGGCGCAUCAUUACAAAUGUUUAGUAAUAAAAUGGAAAAUACAGUAUUAAAAGUUAGAGCUCUAAUAAGUCACCUGUUGUUUGGUACAACACCAAGUAAAACAAUUGUUACUGAUUAUGAUAAGCCAAUAUCCAUACCUACUUCAAUGGAUAGCCUUGAGGUUCGUUUUCAAUAUUUUUUAUAUUUUCUUCUUUCAAUUCCUUUGGCUGCUGGCUCAACUAACUAUUAA